AUGGCCGCUUCUUUCGCUCGCCUGGCGGGCAAUGCGCCCAAAAGGCUCUGCCUCCGCCCCUCCUCGCUCAACACAUCUAUUCCUCGUUCCCGCUCGAUAGCCACCUCGGUUCCUCGUCGCCAUGCCGAGCCCACCAGCUACCAAGCCACCAAGCUUGUUCAGACCGAUCCAACCUUCACCCACUUCGCCAACAAGCCUCUGACCGAGGACCCCGAAGCUGCUGGUCUGGAAUCUCAGGCCGAAGGGAUUGACCGCAAGAUCCGUCAUUACACUGUCAACUUCGGUCCCCAGCAUCCCGCUGCUCACGGUGUGCUCCGGUUGAUUCUGGAGCUCAACGGUGAAGAAAUUGUUCGAUCCGAUCCUCACGUCGGUCUGCUUCACCGUGGUACCGAGAAGUUGAUCGAGUACAAGACCUAUAUGCAGGCCCUACCCUACUUCGACCGAUUGGACUAUGUCUCCAUGAUGACGAACGAGCAGUGCUUCUCUCUUGCUGUUGAGAAGCUGUUGAACGUCGAAAUCCCCGAUCGUGCCAAAUGGAUCCGUACUUUGUUCGGCGAGAUGACCCGUAUCCUGAACCACCUCAUGUCCAUCCUGUCCCACGCCAUGGAUGUUGGUGCUUUGACUCCUUUCCUAUGGGGUUUCGAGGAGCGUGAGAAGCUCAUGGAAUUCUACGAGCGUGUCUCCGGUGCUCGUCUCCACGCUGCCUACGUUCGCCCCGGUGGUGUGUCGCAAGAUAUCCCGCUCGGCCUUUUGGACGACAUCUACCAGUGGGCUACCCAGUUCGGUGACCGUAUCGAUGAGACCGAGGAGCUGCUCACGGACAACCGUAUCUGGAAGGCCAGAACCCAGGGUGUUGGUGUUGUCAACGCUACCGAUGCGCUCAACAUGAGUUUCACUGGUGUCAUGCUCCGUGGUUCCGGUGUUCCCUUCGAUAUCCGCAAGUCGCAGCCCUACGAUGCCUACGACCAGGUUGAAUUCGAUGUCCCUGUCGGUGUUAACGGUGACUGCUACGACCGUUACCUCUGCCGUAUGGAAGAGUUCCAUCUCCCCCCUCCCCGUGCCGCCAUGAAGGAGAACAUGGAGGCUCUCAUUCACCACUUCCUGCUUUUCACCAAGGGUUACUCUGUUCCCCCUGGUGAGACUUACUCAGCCAUCGAGGCCCCCAAGGGUGAGAUGGGUGUAUUCCUCGUCAGUGACGGUAGCGAGCGGCCAUACCGCUGCAAGAUCCGUGCUCCUGGUUUCGCUCACUUGGGUGGUUUCGACCAGGUGUCUCGUGGUCACCUUCUGGCCGACGCUGUCGCCAUUAUUGGUACCAUGGAUCUCGUGUUCGGUGAGGUUGAUCGGUAA